CUUGCUUCACCUGUAUAUAAAAUGCACCAGGACACGACCUGCUGUUACAACAGGUCGAGGAGAAAACUACAAACGAUUAAAGCAAGUCAAAAGAGAAGAGAAGUAUCAAAGAUGAAAGCCAUCGCAGCUCUCUUGGUCGUCCUGGUCGCGGCCAGUCCUCUGAAUGCCUUCAAAGUCCCAGCCACGGGUUCGGGCGAGCUCGCCAGGGAUCUCCAGCAGUUCGUGGACAUAACCCCGAACGAUGAAAUUCUCGCAGUAUCGAAAGCCUAUCUGGCCCAGGACAAACAAUUCCAAAUAGCUAUAAAGUUGGUCAGGAGCAGUGAAUCGAAACUAUGGGUACAGGAUGUCGAAAAGGCACCGGAAUUCAAAAUGCUGCUGGACUUUAUACAGAAAUGUGGUUUUGAUAUAAAAUUGGUGACAAACAACUUCAACAAAGCCCUUGGUAUCCCACCUCUGCACUCUAGGAUACAAGCUUAUUCGACCCCUUACCGCAAUAUCACCGGUGGAAUCCAAGGCUACAUCUACGAUAUCGGUAGACUUAUUUCGAUGGAUAAAUUUGCGCAGAUCUACGAAGACAGGAUAGCGAACUCCAAGGUAUUCAGGGAUUUCGUGCACGAAGUGAUCUCCGCCAAAUACGUACCUUUCUACCUAUCCAUUUUCUCGAAUAAGCACUUCCAAAAUUUGGAAAAACAGGCGGAAAACGCUGGCAUCGAUAGAAACUAUUUCUUCGUUUUAGCUCCCUCACUACUUGUAAUUUCCACUGUAAUUUAAAGUUGAAAGUAUUAGGUUUUAAGAACUCAGUUCCAUAAUGCUUAUUGUUCAUUUAUCUCUUAAAGAAUAAAGUAUAAUUAUAUUGCAUUGAAA